GUCGAUCGGUGGGACUCUUCCGUAUCGGAUCGUGGGGCUGGUUCCCCCUCGAUCGAGGUUUCUCGCAAGUGGUCCAGAUUCCGGAGCGCGCGUGCCCCACCCUGCAGCCUCUCGAGAGACCCCCUUCUUCGUGGGGCACUCGGCAGGGCACCGGGCAGGACGGUUUCGUGUGCCGUCCACUUUUCACCUCGGGGAGGGUCUCACCUGCGAGGGGGAUACCACCGCACUUGAAGAGCGCACGUCAUUCUUACGACGGCCCAGUAAGAAUCGCGCGUCGAAACGCGCAACAAGAGCCGAUCUCUCUCGCCGGGGCGUCCCGCGAAUCGUCCUCUCUGUUCGAUCUCGUGCCUCUUGAAACCGCCGAAUCUCCUAGGAAGACACUUCGAGACGUUUAGAAAAUUUGAUAGGACAUUUUUUUCCGACUUAUUUUUACUUUUUCUUGAUCCUUAGAUUUGAGUUUGAGGGUUUUUCAUCUCCUCGGGAGUGGCUCGGUCGGUUGGAUUUGAUUCCAUGAAUUCGGGGCGUCCUCCUCGGCGUCGAUGAGCGAGUCUUGAGAGGGACUCUGGGGCUCCCGAGGGAAGCACUCGCUCGACCGGAAGUGGGAACGGAAGUCCCGAUGGCGACCACCUUUCGCGGUGUCGCCCUCCUCUGCGCCGUGGCGCUCGUCUCGGCGUGCCAGCAGGAGACCACCUCUCCAGGGCGGGAGGUCCUCUGCUACACCUCGAGGAACAACCCGAAGCUGCUCGACGGCGUUCUCUGCAAGUGCACCACCCUCGUGCACCUGGGCCACUAUCUCCACAACCUGACCAGCUCCGAGGCUCGGCGCAUUAGGGAGUCGUCCAAGGAGGUGAAUCCGGUUCUCCAGGUGGUGCUUCUGGUCAACGAUCCCGAAGCAGUCCUGCAGCAGAGCGGAAAUGCCCGCCAGGAGGCGGCGGCUCGCCUGGCGAACGUCCUCGCCGAGGUCGACGGGGUGGAGCUCGAGGUCGCGGCAGGAUCCAAGGAGCGGCUAGGAAGUUUCGUCAAGACCCUGAGGGACGAGCUGGUGCGGAAGGACCAAGAGAAGAGGAUCCUCCUGAGGCUGCCGACGAGGGCCGAGGACCUCGCCAAGCAGUUCGACCUCAAGACCCUCUCCAAGUACGUGGACCUCUUCACGUUGCCCACCCACCACCUGGUUGGACGGAAUGCGGACUUCCGGACCUACCAUCCAUCCAGGUUGAUGGGAUUGUUCGACAUGCUGAACACGGACAGCUUGGUGGACCUUGUCGAAGGCCUCGGCGCCCCCCAGAGGAAGAUCCUCGUCUCUUUGCCGGCGAGGGCCCUCAAGUUCGCCCUGAAGAACGCCGAGGACAACGUCCCGAGGUCGGCGACCCUGCAGAAGAAGCCGACUCCCGUGGAUCGCGCUCAGCUCUGCUCUAUUCUGAGACAAGGCGAAUGGACCGUGGAGAGGGACGAGGACCUGACUGCCCCCUACGCCUUCAGGAACACUUCCUGGAUCGCCUUCGAGGACAGGAUCUCCGCUGGAAUCAAGGCGAAGUACGUUCUUCUGCGAGAUCUUGCUGGCCUCGCGAUCCAUGAUGUUGAAGACGACGUUGACAACGACUGCGGGAAGACCAUCACCGAGGAGGUACACGGGGCAUUCUCCACCAUGAAGAGGAAAUCACGCCAGGCUGUCUUGUCCUCGCUGGAGGAUGAUAUUCAGGGCUCCGAGCUCUCCUAUCCUGGAGCCGUCAAGUCCUCGGACUUCAGGAUCUCCCGCGUGGUCGAUACGGAAGGGAACAUCCAGGCUGUGCGAGAGAACACUCAGACCGAAUUUGCAUGUCCGAAGCAGGGCUACUUCGUCCACCCGAAGAGCUGCAACAGGUUCUAUCGCUGCGUGAAGUUCAACCAGGAAGUCGAGGACUAUUCGGUCUUCGAAUUCGAUUGUCCGGCUGGUUUGGCGUUCGACGAGAUCACGGAGGUCUGCGUAUGGCCAGGAUCUCUUCCCGAAGGAUCCCCGUGUCCCGGGAGCAGUGAAAUAGCUCCUUCGACGAAGGAGAGCUUCAAGUGUCCUGGCCAAGCCGGCUACUACGCGGAUCCCAAUAAUUGCAGAUGGUUCUACGCAUGCGUGGACCUCGGCGGUGGCGAGUUCUCGGCAUACGAAUUCCGAUGUCCGUAUGGAUUGGUCUUUGAUGAGCAGAAAUUGGUCUGCGAAUGGCCGUGGUUGGUGCCGAAUUGCGCAUCUCCUGAGUACCAGGGUCAUGGGUCAUCUUCAGGAUCUGCAGGGACUGGGGGAUCGGGAUAUUACGGUGGAUCCGGAGGGCAGGAUCAGAAUGGAUUUGGGGGAUCCAAUUAUCCAGGGUCAGGGUAUGAUCAGAAUGGUGGAGUCGGCUACGGUCAAGAUGGACUCGGUGGAUCUAAUUAUCCUGGAGCAGGAUACGAUAAUUCCGGACUCGUCGGGUCGAAUUAUCCCUCGGGGUCGGGCACCCCAGGACAUCCUGGCUCUGGAUAUCCAGGACUCACAGGACAGGAGUAUCCAGGCUCCGGAGAGGACCACUCGGGCGGAUCGUACCCUGGGCCUGGAUCUGGAUAUCCUGGAAGUGGUGCGAGUGUUCCAAGGUAUCCCAAUCAAGGAGGCUUCGAUUCUGGGUAUCCUGAUUCGGGAUCGGCGCAUCCAGGGUCCUUCGACACGGGGAAUCAAAUUCCUACAAGUGGUCCAGCCUACGUGGGAGCUGUUGGCGGAGGAUUCACCGGAAGUGGACACUCGGGGACGACUUUCGGGGGCUUCGCGACGGGACACUCCGGCGUGGGGAAGACUCAAUAUCCAGGAUCUCCAGGAUUCUCCCCGGGAAGUGGGGACACCGGGUUCGGCCAAGGUAGCCAGGCUGGAUCUUCGGGCUUCACCGCGAGUACAGGACAUUUUGGGACCUCUGCAUUCGGCGCGACUUCCGGCGUUCACUCUUCAGGGUCGACAUACCAGGGCUCUGCCGGUACUACCUCCGCACACGGCAAUUCCGUUUUCCCUGGAGGGAAGACGAUUUAUCCCCUAGGAGUACCGGGGACCGUUCCAGGAAAGACCUACACCUUCUCUGGAGAGACCUCCGGGACCCAGAACGUCCACACGACCGGGAUUUACGGCUCCGGAGACACCUCUUCAGGGUUCGACGGCGCCGUCAAGGGAGGACCCACGAUUAUUCACAGACCUCCGGCCACGGGCACUUCCGUAUAUUACGAUAAUACCGGAUCUACCGGAGGUUUUACCGCAGGUGGUGGUACCACUUACCAUGGGACUUACGGGAACUCUGGCUUUGGCACUACGGCUGGUACCGCUGGUACCAGUGGCGCCAUUUACCCUGGAAAGUCGGUCCACGGUACCAUCUCAACGCAGGACUCGACUUCCGGCACUCUGGCGACCCACGGCGACGUUUCCGGGACCGUUUACACCGGUACCACCAACCAGGGUCAGGUGAUAACAGGAGCCAGUCGACCUGGCUUUGUGGAAACGUCAGCAGGCACGCCAGGGUACACCAUAACCGAGGGGGUCAAGACCGUGUUCGCCGGUUCCUCCACCCCCGGGACCUUGGUGCACGGCCCCACGUCCCCUGGGGUCUUCUUGACCGGAAAUACGGCCCCUGGAACCGUUCUGAAAGGAGACGCCAGUCCAGGAGUGGUUCUUACGGGAACCUCUUCCCCUGGAACAUACACGGGAGGAGUCGCAGGCACGCCAGGGUACACCAUAACCGAGGGGGUCAAGACCGUGUUCGCCGGUUCCUCCACCCCCGGGACCUUGGUGCACAGCCCCUCGUCCCCUGGGGUCUUCUUGACCGGAAAUACGGCUCCUGGAACCGUUCUGAAAGGAGACGCCAGUCCAGGAGUGGUUCUUACUGGAACCACUUCCCCUGGAACAUACACGGGAGGAGUCGCACACCCUGGAGUUGCCAUUAAUGGUGCAGCUGGGACCACCGGUGGGUACGGUACCCAGUUCACGGGGGUCCAUGGUGGUACCGGUCAGACUCACUUCACCGGGAGUGGAGGGACCUCGAUUUACCAAGGCACCUCUUCAGGAACCACGGUCUUCGACGUUUCCAAGACCGGAGGUUACGGGACCACCAGCCACGUCGACACUGGGUACAAAACCAACGAGUAUCACGAUAACGGAGGUCGCGGUACCAUUCGCUAUAACAACGGCGACGUCACCAACAAGUUCAGCGAGAACGAUCUUCAUGAUUACAGAACGUCUCACGUGACGGUGACGGAGUCUGGGACCACCAUCGUGGGGAUGGGGUCUACAGGAUACGCCCUGGUACCGGCGGCUGGUGGAGAAUAUACCAGGGGAGGGUUCACCAAGACCGGGGCCACGAAGACCGGCAUCACGGUGGCACAGCUCGGCGGAAGCGGUGGCUACGUCACCGGGACCGGGGGACCUCGACCUCGGCCGAACCCUGACAACAUCGGGGAGAAGGCCUUCGAGGGCAACGUCGGGUACACGGGAGGCUCCACUCCCGGGUUCCAGAACUCCCUGGAAACGGCCACGCCGGUUGUAGGACUGAAGACACCGACGUCGACAGGAGGCGGUGCUCCAGGGGUGACUUAUGCUCCAGGAGUGGUUCCGCUCGGUACCGGAACCACAACCGGCACGAAGAGUGCAGGGGUGGUGACCUCGGGCACUGGGUAUUCGGGUCCUUCAAGGGUGGAUCUGGGCUCCUCGACGGGAUAUUCAUACACCAGACCUGUGGUUCCCCUGGGUACCACCCAGCCCCGGUAUCCAACCGGUCCCGGAACCACCGUUCACCAGACUGGAUUUUCUGGAACCGGAUUUGCAACCUCCACUUCAGGGUCCGUUUCGGAAGCGUCCUCGGGAUACUCCGGGCCCACCAGGUUCGAGGGCACCUCGUUUUCGGGGCCUGAGGUGCAGUUAAGUACUGAUGGGGAGAUCGGGGCGGGGGUCUUCAAGGUGGCGGCUCCCCAGGACACCACCUCGUCGCCUUUCUUGGACGUGCAGGUGUAUAACAGGCCUAAUUUGGGACCGGCGACGCAGGGUCCUGUCGUUUCGAGUACCUUCGGGUACAGAGAGGGCACCAGUGGGUACCAAGGUACCGGGUACGACGUUUCCGGCGGAUCGGGAGUUUCGACAACCUUAAGACCCCUGGUUCCCACCGUCACACCCAUCACAUAUUCCUCGGGGACCCGGAAGACCUACCGGCCCUCCACCCUGAUUCCGGGGGGUUCCAACACCGGAGGAUAUCCGGAAGAGGAUCUCCAGAGUGGCGGUCCGACCACUCCGCAACCCGUCCUCAAGAUCGACCUCAGCCUCCAACCUGGACCCGGGCAGCAGUCCACCUUGGCACCGGAGGUCCCAGCAAAUUCGAUAGGAGGCAUCACCUACAAGCAACCUUCGGUCGGUAUCACCUACAAGCAGUCGACACCUCAACCCUCCACGGUGGCACCUCCGACCGGACCUCAGGGUUAUACUUAUAGAAAGCCCUCCGUGCCAUUCACGACCCCCGCGGGUUAUUCCACUCCAGGUCGAGGUCGUCCCACGAAUGGCCUCGACACCUCCACGGGUGGAGGUUCGCCGACUGAUUUAGUGGCAACGAUCCCACGGGACGAGGUGGAGAAACUGAUCACGAAUUAUAACAGAGGAACAGUGAAGUACACUCCGAGUGUGUACGACUUCGGAGGCGACCUAGAGACCAAGUACCCGAAGACGGACGAGGAAGGUCAGACCUUCGGAUCCACCUCUACAGGGUAUUACUCUACCACUCCUCGGUACCAGGGUACCGGGUACGCUGUGAAGGGAGGCGGUGGAUCCUCGGUCACCGCCGACGUCGAGUACACCGGGUCAUCAGGGUCGGUCUACAAGGGGGUGCCCUUAGGUGGAGUGACCUACUCGUCCACGACCCCGAAAUAUUUCGAAAGCGGUGGAACCGACCUGGGCACAGGGUUUGGAUUGAAGGAGACCACUUACUCCUCCACUCCAGGGACAAGAUACUACGAUGCCACGGGGCCAUCCUUGGACACCGGGUUCCCCGUGAAACAGACAGGGACUUUUGGUACCGUCUACAAGGAGGCAGGUUUCGGAGGGUACUCCACGACGGGGGCUCCUACGUUCUACCGGACGACCGGCACCCUAGGGGGGAGGGUCUCUUCGUCAUCUACGGGGACCGGCACCGACUGCUCGGACUCCUACGUCACCAGCACCCUGUCGCCAAUCUCCAGGACCGGGACUCCGGUCGUGACCACGUACUCCGGGGGUUACUCUCUGGGGCCCUCGACGACGCCAACUACCGGCGUGACCCUGAAGAACCUCGGGGGGAAGAUCGUCGUGAAGCUGAGCGAUCUGCAUCCCCUGCUGCUCGGCAAACUCGGGGCCCAGUGCUCGUGCUCGGCCGACCCCUUCGAGGUGAUCCGGGACCUCGGCAGGAAGUCCCUGAAGGUGAACUCGUCGAAGGGAGAGGUCGACCUGGCGAACUACGACGAGUCCGACGUGUACGUCGACACGGAGGUCGACCAGGAGAAGUCCUACGAGUCGGACGAGUCGGAGUACACGACGGGGGUGAAAUCCCAGGGGACGACGCCGAAGACGCCGGAUAGCUCCAUCAUCAGGGUGGGCACGAUUCCCGGACCCUCCACCGUGAGGUCCAGGUCGAUCUCUUCGAGGGGUCCCGGUGAUUCCUCGCUCUCUGGAGAACUCACUCUAAACGGUCCCGGAAGGAGGUCGAGGAAGGGAAAGCUCCUCGGGGAUGGGAAUUCAGGGAAUCGACUGGACGCCUCCGGGAAACCAUUUAAUAUCGGCAGUCUCCACGUCUUGGGGAGCUCCGAGGAGGACGACAGUGGUCUCCAGGUCGGCGCCGAGUGCGCCAGGCCUGGUCUCUUCAGGCACCCUAGGUACUGCGACAAGUUCUACGUCUGUCACUGGGACGAGAAGAAGAAGGCCUUCUCCUUGAACGUCAUGAAGUGCCCGAUUCACCUGACCUUCGACAGCGAGGCCGGGGCCUGUAAUUGGCCCAGCAAGGGCCCCGUCUGCCAGGACGGCAAUCUCCUCGUCUAGGAGUCGCAUCCCCCUGGGGAAGAUUCGCAGAUCUCUCCUGGAACCCACGGAACGGACGCAACACCCUGGAGACGCGCUCUCGGCGCCAUCUUAGUUUAUCGCCAUUAUUGGCGAUGGAGAACCAAUUUGUGUAUAUACGAUUUCCGCUGUCGAUCCCUUUCCUCGAGAUUUAAUUUUACCUUGGAAAUGUAUAAACAAAACGUAGGGGGGACAGGGUUCAUUCCUAAGUCUCGCGAAUGCUUUUGCCGAUAUAAUUUAUUUAAGUUUAUCCCCAUAGACCCCAUUGCCGAGUUCUCCUGCCAAUCGUUCCCGGUACUGCCAUGUCGAUGAAAAAAAAUAGUGAAAUUCCGUGUAACGUGCCAUCUUUCUCUUAACAAUGAUUAACGUCUGACAAAAUAUAUAGUGCGUAGCUCUGUGA